AUGAGGUUUGUAGGUCUAAUGUUAAUUCUUAUUGAACAAGGUGCUGCACUGGUUCCACCAAAGUAUCUGUACCCACUAGGUGGAAAAAGUUUUACUUACGAUGUCAUCAAUAACCAGGACGGAAUAAAACCCAAAUCAACACAUUGCUUCACUGUUGGACCAAAUCAUCCUCAGCUUAGUUUUUCAGCCAUGUAUUUCGAUAGGAAUGUUAAUAAAUAUGCAGAUGUCAGGAUUCCGUCAGAUAACUCGAUUUCCAGUAUUGGUUUCACUGUUUUUUUCAAUGCCUUAGAUCCAUCGGGUUAUCUUUUUCAUUACCGUUCGGACAAUCAAGGAAAUAUCGACUUUAUAACAGAAAUGUAUGUUAAAAUAGAUAAUGGUCAAGUCAUUUCCAAAAUUGACACCAGUGGUGAUAAAGCCGGUCCACUUCAGUUUCCUGUUGGAGCUAAUGGGCCUCAUACCAUCUCACUGAAUACAUGGAUUAUGAUAUCCUUUACGAAUUUCGCUGUUAAUGGUACAACUUAUUUAUUUAUAGACACGCUUGUGGAACAAGUUACUCAUACGUUUAAAUUUUCGUUGAAAACACCCGGGACAUUACGAUUCGGUGCAUCUCUGCCUUCACCGUUUAAUACAUUUCAUGGAUUUAUGACAUGCGGUGCUAUUUAUAAUGUUGCAAGUGGUUUUGACAAUGUUACCGAAAUUUUACAAUACUGCUCGGAAAAAAAUUGGCCUAAUUCACCCCCAAUUCUUAUUGAACAAGGUGCUGCACUGGUUCCACCAAAGUAUCUGUACCCACUAGGUGGAAAAAGUUUUACUUACGAUGUCAUCAAUAACCAGGACGGAAUAAAACCCAAAUCAACACAUUGCUUCACUGUUGGACCAAAUCAUCCUCAGCUUAGUUUUUCAGCCAUGUAUUUCGAUAGGAAUGUUAAUAAAUAUGCAGAUGUCAGGAUUCCGUCAGAUAACUCGAUUUCCAGUAUUGGUUUCACUGUUUUUUUCAAUGCCUUAGAUCCAUCGGGUUAUCUUUUUCAUUACCGUUCGGACAAUCAAGGAAAUAUCGACUUUAUAACAGAAAUGUAUGUUAAAAUAGAUAAUGGUCAAGUCAUUUCCAAAAUUGACACCAGUGGUGAUAAAGCCGGUCCACUUCAGUUUCCUGUUGGAGCUAAUGGGCCUCAUACCAUCUCACUGAAUACAUGGAUUAUGAUAUCCUUUACGAAUUUCGCUGUUAAUGGUACAACUUAUUUAUUUAUAGACACGCUUGUGGAACAAGUUACUCAUACGUUUAAAUUUUCGUUGAAAACACCCGGGACAUUACGAUUCGGUGCAUCUCUGCCUUCACCGUUUAAUACAUUUCAUGGAUUUAUGACAUGCGGUGCUAUUUAUAAUGUUGCAAGUGGUUUUGACAAUGUUACCGAAAUUUUACAAUACUGCUCGGAAAAAAAUUGGCCUAAUUCACCCCCAAAGCCUACAUGUCAGAACUGGUAUGUUACAGUAUCAGUUCAUCACCUCUUUCCGUUGGAUGACGUGGCAUGGACAUCUGAUGUUCAUUUGAUGCUCCACAACAAUAACAACAAAUGUUUGAGACCAGGAAAAACUCAUCCAAGUUUUGAUCACCGUGGUCUACGUUUUGAUGGCUCGUCAUAUUCCAGUUUUAAGCUGACAAUAAACAGUAGUGAUUUAACAGGAGACUUUUCCCUUAUGACUUAUAUUUAUUUUCAGAACUACUCGUCUGGAAAAAUAAUUCAAAUUUUAUCCUCAUCGGGAAACACUGUUCUAGAAUUAAUACACACAGGCACGGGUGUUUAUUUCGAAGCAUUUACAACAAGUUCUUCAUGUGCUCUUUCAAAUAUCACUACAAAUAUCAAUUUCAAUUCGUGGAUUCUGUUGGGAAUACUGAGGGAAACAAACCAAUUACUGGUGUCGAUUGAUGACAAUAUUUUUCAUAUUCCUGAUACUUGCGGUUCAUUUGGAUUAUCUGACAAUGCCUACAUUGAAAUAGGUAAUUCUGAGAGAGGGAGUAUUGGAUUUCGUGGUAGCAUGAGAUGUCUUGUUCUUUUCAACGAAUUACUCGAUACUAAUGUUGGAAGUACUAUGAAUCAUUUUUGUACAGCAGCACAAUCGGAUGCUGUUACAAAUGUUAUCAACAACUGUGAUGUACAGCCUUUAAGUGAGAGAAAAUACCUUCUCUUAAGACAUAACGUGAAGCCGGUAAACACAUUUCAACAAUUAUCAUCUGGCAAUUUUCGUUCACUACCGGCUUGUGCAGCACAUUGUUUUACGCUUGCGUUCUGUAGAUCAUUCACGUAUACGGAUGGUUAUUGUGUAUAUUAUGAUGAAAUUACCGAUGCCGGAUUGAUUCCGUCUCCCGGGUCAAGAUUUUACAUCCGGGCUUAAAUAUGCCCAUUAAAACCAGUGUCAUAAACUCAAUACGUUGCAUGAAUGAAACUCAUAAAUAAAAUGUUACGA